UCGGUGUGUGAUCCUAAUCGGUAGCGGCCAGUAGCGGCAGAGAUUUUAUUUGAAGUGUACAAUUUCUAACAGUGUUAUAAUAAAGUAAACACUAGAAUAAUGACGGCAUUCGAAGAGUUCGGUGUCCUCCCCGAGCUGGGGAAGGCCAUCGAGGAGAUGGACUGGACACUACCAACAGAUGUCCAGGCUGAAGCCAUACCGCUCAUCUUAGGCGGUGGUGACGUGCUUAUGGCUGCUGAGACUGGCAGCGGAAAGACUGGCGCCUUCUGUUUGCCCAUCCUGCAGAUAGUAUGGGAGACGUUAAAAGAUCUACAAGAGGGGAAGACGAGUAAGAUUAUACAAACAGUUUCGUCAGAAUGGACGAUGUCUUUUUUUGACCGCACAGACGCGCUAGCUGUAACGCCGGAUGGUCUGAGGUGCCAGUCCCGGGAUCCGAAAGGCUGGCACGGCUGCAGGGCCACCAAGGGCGUACAUAGCAAGGGAGCUUAUUACUAUGAAGCCACUGUGACCGAUGAGGGUCUGUGCCGUGUAGGCUGGUCCACACAGGCGGCAAGACUGGAUCUUGGUACAGACCGCCUAGGCUUUGGUUUUGGAGGCACAGGCAAGAAGUCAAAUGCCAAAAACUUUGAUGACUAUGGUGCACCAUAUGGAAUGAAUGAUGUAAUAGGAUGUCUACUGAACUUGAACACUGGUGAUAUCAGUUACACAAAGAAUGGGGAGCCUCUUGGAGUUGCCUUUAACCUGUCACCAGAGAGACGAGGUGACACAUACUUCCCUGCUGUGGUACUGAAGAAUGCUGAGAUGAGCUUUAACUUCGGCAAGAUGCCAUUCAAGUACCCGCCAACAGGGGACUACGUAGCCAUCAUCAAUGCGCCCAAAGACCGCGUGAAGCCAAACGUGGUGUCAUCAGACAGCGCGGUCGAAGCCACGCCGGCUAACAAUGCACCUAGAUCCAUUAUCAUUGAGCCUUCAAGAGAGUUGGCAGAGCAGACCUGCAAUCAGAUAACGAAGUUCAAGAAGUACCUGGACAACCCAAAGGUUCGCGAGCUGCUAGUGGUAGGCGGUAUUAACGUGAAGGAUCAAAUCAAUGCGCUUAAUGCCGGUAUUGAUAUAGUUGUGGGCACCCCUGGCCGGUUGGAGGAUCUUAUUCAAGGAGGUUACUUAGCUCUCACACAUUGUCGUUUCUUCGUCCUGGACGAGGCGGAUGGUCUCCUCAAGGCUGGGUAUGGCGAACUCAUUGAGCGCCUGCACCGACAGAUACCCAAGAUCACCUCUGAUGGUCGACGACUGCAGAUGGUUGUGUGUUCCGCUACUUUACACGCUUUUGAAGUUAAGAAAAUGGCGGAGAAGUUAAUGCACUUCCCUACAUGGGUGGACCUGAAGGGUGAGGACGCGGUGCCAGAGACCGUGCACCACGUGGUUGUCAACGUCGAUCCGCAGAAGGACCGCCUUUGGGAGACUCUGCGCAAACACGUGCAGACCGAUGGCGUGCACUCUAAAGACAACAUUCGCAGUGGCAACACCACGCCUGAGACGCUGUCGGAGGCCGUCAAGUUACUCAAGGGAGAGUACUGCAUCCGCGCCAUCAGGGAACAUAAGAUGGACAGAGCCAUAAUCUUCUGCCGCACAAAGUUAGACUGCGACAAUUUAGAACGCUAUCUAAAGUCGUACGGCAACGAGUUCUCCUGCGUCUGUUUACACGGUGACCGCAAACCGGCGGAACGUAAAGGCAACUUGGAGAAGUUCAAGACUAGCCAGGUCAAGUUCCUGAUAUGUACCGAUGUAGCUGCCAGGGGUAUUGAUAUCUCUGGAUUGCCGUUCAUGAUUAACGUGACUCUGCCCGAUGAGAAGUCAAACUACGUGCAUCGUAUUGGUCGUGUAGGACGUGCGGAGCGCAUGGGUCUGGCAAUCAGUCUAGUCUCCACCGUGCCAGAGAAGGUAUGGUACCACGGCGAGUGGUGCUCGUCUCGCGGUCGCAACUGCUGGAACACCAACCUGACGGACGACCAUCCUCGAGGCUGCUGCAUGUGGUACAAUGAGCCACAGUAUCUAGCCGACAUCGAAGACCACCUGACGAUCACGAUCCAGCAGAUCAGCAACGACAUGAAGGUGCCUGCCAAUGAGUUCGACGGCAAGGUCACGUACGGACAGAAAAGGCUACAGACCGGCACUGGAUACCAGGAUCACGUGACCCAGAUGGCGCCAGUAGUGAAGUCUCUGCAAGAACUGGAGUCGCAGGCGCAGCUCUACUAUCUUAAAAUGCACCAUAACGUGACUAUCGCUUAAUUAAUUUAUUCAAAUGAAUUGUAACUAACUUAUAGACUGAUAAUUUCUAAUGUAUAUGUCCUAUAAUUUAAUGUUGCCUUUGAACGUAUUGAGAUAAUGGCAAGGCAUUCAUAAUUAAUCGUAAACACUAAUUAAAGUUUUUAUCAGCUAAAUAAAAUAUUAAAACACA